AUGAGGAGCUGGAGAGAAAUUGGUGUGGGUUUGUCAGGCUUCGGCAUAUUCUUCCUGCUGUUUGGAGUGUUGCUGUACUUUGACUCUGUCUUGCUGGCAUUUGGUAACAUUUUGUUCCUGACUGGAUUGGCCUGCAUCAUUGGUCUGAGAAGAACUGCUCACUUCUUUUUCCAGAGACAAAAGUUUAGAGCAUCCUCCUUUUUCCUGGGUGGUGUGGCUCUAGUUGUGCUCCGAUGGCCACGCAUAGGCAUGCUCGUGGAGAGUUACGGCUUUGUGCUUCUGUUUAAGUCAUUCUUUCCAAUGGCUUUUGGAUUUCUUGGAACCGUAUUGAACAUGCCAUUCCUUACUACACUAUUUAAUUACUCAGGAAGCAGUUCCUCCAUGGUCUAAGAGUUCUGAAGAACAUGAUGGAUCAUUUAAUGGAAGCAAGUAUCAAACAUACAACUUCUGAUUCCAUACAGUGGUGUGUGGCAGCUUUGGAAGAACAAGGAACUAAAAAAAAUAAAAAAUCAAUGGAGCACACCAUAAACUCACUGAUCAGACCAGUGUGAAAUGCAUUUUUGUUUAUGUUUUUUGUUUCUUUUGUUUCUAUUCAAUUUGAAGAAUAUUUUUAUUAGUAUAUUGUUUUUAAAUAAACAGUUAAAUAAACAUUUUAACCAUGA